AUGGCUUCGGCGCGCGCCAUGCAAGGUCUGCGCAGAUUCACAUCGUGUGAUAUCGGCGAUGCUCUGGUCAAGCUCAAGUAUCCCUACGGCGGCUUUCUCGACGGGAUCAAGAUGUUCUCGCCGGGCGCCAGCGGCCGUGUAUUCGGCCCCGCGGUGACUGUGCAGAUGGUCGCGAUGAGCGAUACCUCUGCACCCAAGCUCGACAAGCACUUCGUUGACCACAACGAGGACGGGUCGGUCAUGUACAUUCAGCAGCCAAAGGACGUUCCCUCGGCCUGCUGGGGCGGCCUGAUGUCAACUAGGGCUAAGUGGCUCGGUGCCCAGGGCGUGGUCAUCGAUGGACGGAUGAGAGAUAUCAGCGAACACCGGGAGAUGGAAUUUCCGGCAAGUUGGAUCCCACUGGCCACCAAUUGUUUCAAGAACGACCUGUGGAUCAACCCCGGAGACAUCAUGGUUGCAGACGAGGAUGGCGUUGUCGUGACGCCGCCGUCUCUGGUAGAACAAGUAGUCGCCUUGUGCCAGGAGCGUGCGGAGAUCGACGAGAAAAUGUUUACUGAACUAAGGAAGGGGGCCGCGAUGGGUCCAUUGAUCAAAUCGCUUCGGAAUGAGAAGUAA